AUGAUCUGGGCGUUCAUAGUGCCGGAGUUGUAUGUACUCUGGGCGUUGAGGCAGCGAAUCUUCGCUCGGAGAAUUGCUAGGGAACUCUCAGAGCAUGGUUGGACAACAACACACGGGUUUUUCCUCCUUAUGGGUGGAUUUCACCUCUACGAAGGGAUCUACGACGUCGGAGUGCUUUCGAGGAAGCAGUUCGAAUCCCUCUUGAUGGCUGGCAAGAUACAUUUUCCAUCCUUCACCCGCGAGGACAUCCAGGAUAAGAGCAAGGCAGACGCGCUUGCGAAAGGUCUGGCUAUGCUUCAAACGACGUGGUUCAUUGCACAAUGUAUCGCACGAGCUACACAGAAACUUCCAUUGACGGAAAUGGAGGUAGUAACUCUUGGACUCGCCGUGCUCAACGUGAUAGUGUACAUCCUAUGGUGGGAGAAACCAUUGGACAUCCAGAGACCGUUCGCCGUCCACUUCAAGGAUGCUCCAGUCCUGGGGACAGAAGAUAUAGCACGCGCAGAGAGGGGAUCAUCAAUACGCACGGGAUCAUCAAUCGAUACCAUGCGCACGCCGUGCACGCCAAUCUAUUUCAAAGCAACUGGCGAAGGGGAAUCUGAUAAGACUUCAAUCGUAGAAUCUGUCGUGAAUAGUGCGGUUAGCAUGAAUAGCUUGACUAGUGCGAUUAGCAACCUCCCAGAAGAGGUCAAGAGGACGUGGAAAAUCCGCGAUAUCUACAAGCCAGUUUUCGAUCUUUUCGCCUUCAUCUGCACUGAUAUGAAACAAUACCGAGUGGCUACAUACCACCACGUGGAGUAG